AUGUCCGAGAAAUCAUUCACGAUAUAUGUAUAUGGGAAAAGGCUAACCAAGCGUAGCUCAUACACGCUCAAAUCGCGUGCAGCAGCGGACCGUACUGUGGACUCGCUACCAGAGAACUUGCAGCACCAAAACAAUAAGCUCGCAAUAAGAAUCAAAAAUCUUCGCCGGAUUCUCCAAGGCUCAACCGACCCAGACAAGCUCCACGAUUCCCUCGUUUCCGCGGACGCGGUGGCAUCACUAAUUAGGUUCAACAAGCAUUUCGAAAUGCCUCAAACCGUCAGCAGUUAUUACACUGGCCGACAGGAGCAGUUAGAUAUGCUUAAAUCCACACUCGACGUCGUUAACUCUCGCGAACCUCAAGACCACCAAAAGCGCUUCGUCAUUUAUGGCCUUGGAGGUUCUGGGAAAACACAAUUCUGUUGCAAAUUUGCGCAAGACAACAGGGAACAUUUCUGGGGUGUCUUUUGGAUCGAUGGGAGUUCGUACGAAAAUGCCAAGCACUCCUUCGCGGGAAUUGCCAAAAUCGGGGGCGUCGAACCGAACGAAAACGCAGCAAAGAACUGGCUUUCUAGUUUACAGCACCCAUGGCUACUUCUCAUCGAUAAUGCGGAUGACCCCGAUAUCGACGUGAUGCGCUACUUUCCAGGAGGGGAAAGAGGCGUGAUUCUCAUCACCACUCGCAACCCUACGAAUAAAGGAUAUGGGACGGAUGGUUCUCGCUUCUUUCACUUCGACAAGUUGGAGAGCGAAGAAGCUAGUGACCUUCUUCUGGCGGCUGCCGCUUCCCCACGUCCUUGGGGAGUACUCACAAGAUCCUACGCCAAGCGAGCCGCCCAAAUCUUAGGAUAUUUGCCUCUUGCGCUCAUUCACGCCGGAAAGGCCAUAUUGGAAAAACUGUGUUCCCUAAAUGACUAUCCCGAGUACUACGAGCGAACGUGGAAUAAAAUCCGCCGCGAUCGAACUCGAAGGUCCUCUCAUGGUCACGAGGAUAAUCAUGCGUUGAAUAUGAGUGUCUAUUCUUCAUAUGAGAUGAUAUAUCUUGGCCUCGAAAGUAAAGACAACGACCAAUCCAGGGAUGCCAUUGAACUGUUGAAGACUUUCUCAUUCCUCUACUGGGAGAACAUCGAGUUUGACCUCCUAACAAAUGCAGCUUCGAACCCUCGGCGAGAACGAGAAGAUGCACGAGCCAAGGAGCGUGUGGUAAAAUCAAUACCCGUCCAGCCAAGACCCAAAACAUGGAUGAAAGCCUUUCAUGACUGGGCCGCUUCAGUGAUAGAACCGCUUACGAGACCGAGUAUUAUCCUGCCUGCUGUCCUGCGUGACGAGGACGACGACCCAUUUGAUGAAGACCGGCUACGCAGCGCGUUGUCUCUUCUAGUUCGUCUUGGCAUGCUGACACUUCAUGAUGACAAUAAUAGUUAUUGGAUGCAUCCAUUGGUCCAUACCUGGGUGCGGCAGAGGCCUGAGACUAGUACGGCGGAGCAAGCAGUUUGGUGCCAAGCAGCAGCCACGAUAUUGGCGCAGUCGAUCUUUUUCCAAGCUCCAUCCACAUAUGUGGCUCAGGACGAAAAGACAAAGAGGCAAAUAUAUCCACACGUGGAAAAUGUGCGAAAGUUACAGGCAGAUAUCAAGAAACGGUUUGAAGAAAACCAGAGGGCUCCUCAUUGGCUUUGGCCAUUAAAGCUGCUGGUGCCCCAGCCGGGCUUUGGGAGGUUGCAAGCGACGGAAUAUGCCAAAUUCAGUUUGGUUUACCUUCAUUGCGGGUACUGGUCCAAGGCGGAAGAGCUUCAACUUCAAGUAAAGGACUAUUUAUUUGCAAAGCUGGGCCCAGAUUCCGAGUAUAGCAUCGCCAUUGCGUUUCUAUUGUCCAGGAACUACGUUUGGCAGACACGGAACAACGAGGCGAGAGUGCUACAAUAUCAAGUCCUGGAGUCUGCCAAAAGGCUAUAUGGUCCAAAUCACCCUACAACGUUGCAGAUCAUGGAUACACUUGGUGCCACAUGCGUCUUGGGAAGUAGAUACCGAGAGGCCUAUCGCCUGCACCAAGAAGUUAUCGAAAGUCUAUCGAAGUUAGAAGGGUUUGGCCCAGAGCAUGAAGCUACAUGGACCGCCCUGGAUAAUCUUGCCAACGUCAAGCUUCGCUAUUUUGAGCAUGAAGAGGCGGUUAAACUGCAACUGCAAGCAUAUGAGGGGAUGCAAAGGACCUUGGGUCCUACGCACGAGAAAACCUUAGAGGCCAAAGACAGUCUUGCCGCUAUGUACGGGUUUAUCGGCGAGGAGCAUCUUCCGCUUGCUCUACAGAUGAGUGAGGAGGUUACAUUGAUCCGAAAAGACACACUGGGUCAUGAACACCCGCUUACACUCAAAUCCAUGUUGACCGUCGCGAAGAUUAAGACUGCCAUGAACCAGUUUAAGGAGGCCGAAGAAAUCUUUCUAAAAGGGUUGCCCAUUGCUCAAAGAAACCUGGGUGAAAAUCACCUAGGAACUCUCACAGCUCGUACCUGGCUUGGACAUCUCUACUGGCGUCAAGAACGGUAUUCCGAGGCGCAGGCCAUCUGGGAAGAUAUAAUUACGAAGCAAACAUUUGAACAGACAAAACGUGCAGAUGGGGGGCAUGGGGAUCGGGGUAAGUGGUAUUCUUAUCAUUUGGCAAUUAGUCGUCAACACUUGUGCUGCAAAGCAAGCUUUGCUGAUAUCCAAAUUUUCAUAUAUAGUUCAAGUAAUGUGGUUCUUAGUGCACUGCUAUGA